CCUAUGUAAAAAGUUCUUUGGUGUGUUUAUAUGUGUACGAGGAAUUAGGAAUACCCCUGUAAAAAGACAUUUGUUUAGUACAGAUGGCUGGUAAAUCGUCCAAAAAGGAGAAAUCACGAUACUGUGACUAUAAGAAGCACAAGUACUUCAAUCCUCAGGUACCGAGAUGUAAACGAUGUGACAAGUGUCCUGUCGGAAUGGGACUGGUCCCCUUCGACGAUGAGCCAAUCAGAAUCGAUAAAAACCAUGGAGCGAUGGUGUGUCAGAGGUGUGUCCGGUGUGUGUUCGGUAAAAACUUCAACAAAUAUGUAUCAUAUAAACCCUGUAUACCGUGUAAAGACUGUGAGGCUUUAGGCAAGAUGGAGAGGAAGUCCUGUACCCCAUCAUCUAACACUAAGUGUCAACGUCUAAAGUCGACUCAAAGUCAGAUGACGAUCAAUACCACCGAGAGGAAUCACAGAGAAGCAAUUAAACAUGCCACAGUAAAAGAGGUUUCGUUGGGCAAUAUUAGUAUAGCGAUUGCGGUUGUUGUAAUCUUUCUGAUGCUGGCUUUACCUUAUGCUUUGUACUGCUAUUGCCAACGAAAGUCCAGGAACAGAUUAAAGGUAAAGAAGAAAAAUGUGCUGGAUGGAAGCCUUCAACUUAAAAAUCAAACAGAGCCAGUUCAGAGGCCAUUAUUGUCACCAGGCGAACCUUUGGGGGAGAGGGUUCUGUGGACACCCGCUAAACUUCUUGUUAUAGAGGAAGAUUACUGUGCUCUAGGAAUACGGCUUGGUGUUUCUAACUGUGAUAUAGCCAUCAUUAGAGAAGACUGCCGUGGUAAUUCGGCAAGAAAAUCGUUCGAGGUCCUGAACAAGUGGAGAAAAAAGCUUGGUCAAGAAGCCACUCGCGGCAAGCUUUAUGAUAAACUGAGGGAAAUAAAUCGUUUAGACGUUAUAGAUGCAAUGGAAAAAGAGCGACAUCUACACAAAGAUGAGAGAGACCUUGCGGAGUGCUCGGUGUAACAUUAAUGAUAGCUGACACCAUCGCUUUUUUAUUAUUUAAAGAAAAGUCGAUGGGGUUUUUCAGUAAAUCACGUAACAGAACCGCGUCGGACCAUUUAACAUGAUUAUAUUGCUAUUGUUUAACUUUGAAAUAUAUUCCAGAUAAAAACUUGGUCUCGUUAUAGAAGAAAUUGUAAUGAAAGAGCAGACGAUCACUGAUAGGUCGCAUAUGUUAGGAACUAUAUACAUAUGUUAUAUUAAUUGAACCUACCUUCAAAUAAUUGAAGAUAGGUUCAAUUCAAUUAAAGAUAGGUUUAAUUA